UUCUAUAGGUGCUGAUAUAGAAGCAGCCUAGCAAUGGAUCAAAGAAAAAAUGAUAGCUUUGUCCCAAGUAUCACACAAUUGGAAGACUUCCUGACAGAGCAUGACUCCAAUGUAGUUUGGCUGUUAGUAGCAACAAUAUUGUCUUGUGGAUGGAUUAUCUACCUAACUUACUAUAACUCCCGGAACAUUGGACUUAUUUUAACAUUGGUUCUUAACAGAUUAUAUAAACAUGGCUACAUCCAUAUUGGUUCCUUCUCCUUCUCGGUGCUGUCUGGAAAAGUCAUGGUGCGCGAGAUCUAUUACAUUACGGAAGACAUGUCCAUCAGAAUCCAAGAUGGGUUUAUCAUAUUUCGCUGGUGGAAGAUGUACAACCCCAAGCAGAAGCAGCAUGAUCCGAAGGCAGAAACAAGACUGUAUAUUAUGGUGAACGACUUUGAAUUUCAUGUGUAUAACCGUUCUGAACUCUAUGGACAACUUCAAGAACUAUUUGGCUUAGAUCCCACAAUAAUUCCACCAAAGAAAGAAGAUGAAAAAGCAGAAAUAAAUGGAAGGCAGAGAACACAUACCAAUCUUGAAAGCGUUAAAGUAAAAACAGAAUCUCAAGACCCCUCUUCUUCAUGGAGGUCCCUUAUUCCUGUUAUUAAAGUCAAUGUAAGCACGGGUCGUCUGGCAUUUGGGAAUCAUUAUCAGCCACAAACGCUUUGCAUUAACUUCGAUGAUGCUUUUUUGACGUAUACCACAAAACCACCUUCAAGUCACCUUGAUCAAUUUAUGCACAUUGUCAAAGGAAAACUGGAAAAUGUUAGAGUCAUGCUGGUUCCAAGUCCAAGAUAUGUUGGUCUACAGAAUGAUGAACCUCCAAGGCUGAUGGGUGAAGGUUUUGUUGUAAUGCAGUCCAAUGAUGUUGAUAUCUAUUACUAUAUGGAUGAACCAGGUCUUGUACCAGAGGAGACAGAGGAAAGCAAUGACGGAGAGACGAGCAAUGAAGACAGCAAAUUACAGGAUCUGCCGCCGUGCUGGGGUUUGGACAUUGUUUGUGGGAAAGGAACGGAUUUCAACUAUGGACCCUGGGCUGAUAGGCAGAGGGAUUGCUUGUGGAAGUUUUUCUUUCCACCAGACUACCAAGUUAUGAAAGUCUCAGAAAUUGCAGAGCCUGGGAAACCAAGACAGAUCCUCGCUUUUGAACUGCGAAUGAAUAUUAUUGCAGAUGCCACUAUUGAUUUGCUUUUUACCAAAAAUAGGGAAACAAAUGCUGUACAUGUAAAUGUUGGUGCAGGAUCAUAUUUGGAAAUAAAUAUUCCCAUGACAGUAAGUGAAAACGGCUACUCACCUACCAUUAAAGGGCAGCUUUUACAUGUUGAUGCCACCAGCAGUAUGCAGUACAGGACUCUCUUAGAAGCCGAAAUGCUAGCUUUUCAUAUUAAUGCCAGUUAUCCCCGGAUAUGGAACAUGCCGCAGACAUGGCAGUGUGAACUCGAGGUUUAUAAAGCAACCUAUCAUUUUAUUUUUGCUCAGAAAAGCUUCUUUACAGAUUUGAUCCAAGACUGGUCCAGUGAUAGUGCACCUGAUAUUUAUUCAUUUGUUCCUUACAUGUGGAACUUCAAAAUCAUGUUUCAUCAAUUUGAAAUGAUUUGGGCAGCGAAUCAACACAAUUGGAUUGACUGUUCCACAAAACAGCAAGAAAAUGUUUAUCUGGCAGCUUGCGGAGAAACAUUAAACAUUGUUUUCUCUCUGCCUUUCACUGACUUUGUUCCAACUAUAUGCAGUACUAGAUUCUCUUUAAGGGGAGAAGAUGUUGAUCUUCACUUGUAUCUACCGGAUUGUCAUCCCAGUAAAUAUUCACUUUUCAUGUUGGUGAAAGACUGUCAGCCUAAUAAAAUAAGUCCCGAAUCUUGCAUUUCUGCUGAAUGUCAAAAUAGUCAGAAAACAGGCAAACCCAAAUGGAGGAACAUUACCCAAGAAGAGGCUGGCUGGGUUGAAUGCUGGACAGUCCCAAGUGUUGUGUUUACAAUUGACUACUCGUGGCACCCAAUUUAUCCACAAAAGGCAGAUGAGCAGUUAAAACAGUCCUUGUCCGAAAUGGAAGAAACAAUGUUGUCUGUGCUGAGGCCUUCGCAGAAAACGGCCGACAGCGUCGUUUCAUCUCCCACGGCUUCAACGCGCCUUCCCCUUGAUCCCUCAGAGCUGCCUCCUGACAAGCUCCACGUGGAGCUUGAGCUCUCCCCGGAUUCUCAGAUAACCCUGUAUGGGCCCCUGCUCAAAGCCUUCCUGUGUGUAAAGGAAAACUAUUUCGGAGAAGAUGACAUGUACACUGAUUUUGAAGAAGUUAUUUCAAGCCCUGUUUUGUCGCUGUCAACAUCUUCAAGUUCUGGAUGGACAGCUGUUGGAGUAGAAAAUGACAAAAAGGAAAACGAAAGUUUAGUCAAACCAAUUCACCCUCUUACUUUGCGUCCAUGGGAUAUUACUGUGCUUGUUAACUUGUACAAAGUGCAUGGGCGACUACCAGUGCAUUGCAGUCCAGAUGGUCCUGAGUGCCCCACAGCCUUCUUGGAAAGACUGUGUUUUGAGAUGAAGAAAGGAUUUAGGGAAACAAUGCUUCAGCUUGUACUGUCUCCAGUGAAUUUAUUUCUGAAUGACAACUAUCAGCGGCCUGCAGCGGAUGAAGCUCUUCGAGAGGGCCACAUCAGCCUGUCGGGCCUGCAGCUGCGGGCGCACGCCAUGUUCUCAGCAGAAGGCCUGCCUCUGGGCAGUGAUACUUUGGAGUAUGCUUGGCUCAUUGAUGUGCAGGCUGGCAGCCUCACAGCCAAAGUUACAGCACCGCAGCUUGCAUGCCUUCUGGAGUGGGGACAGAGCUUUGUAUUUCACGUGGUGUGCCGGGAGUUUGAAUUGGAAAGGCCAAAAUCUGUAGUAAUUUGUCAGCAUGGAAUUGAUCGUCGGUUUUGUGACUCUAAGAUGAACUGUGUCCCUGGACCAUGCCCUACAUCUGAUGACUUAAAGUACACUAUGACACGCUUAGCCAUGGAUGGAGCAGAUCUGUAUGUGGUAGAACAUGGCUGUGCUACAAAUAUCAAGAUGGGCGCUAUACGUAUUGCAAACUGCAACCUCCAUAACCAGUCUGUGGGAGAAGGUGUAAGUGCUGCUAUCCAAGACUUUCAACUGAGACAGUAUGUUGAGCAAGUGAACAAUUGCAGAACUGGUCUUCAGCCUAUAUUAAGGAGGGCAUAUUGGCUGGAAGCUGGAUCUGUCAACUUGGGGCUCAUCACUGCAGAUAUUGCUUUAGCUGCAGAUCACCCCUCUAAACAUGAAGUACAGAGACAUUUCUUAGAAACACACGAUAACCGAACUAAGAGAUUGUGGUUUUUGUGGCCUGAUGAUAAUUUGAAGAAUAAGAGAAGCAAGAACAAGUGUGGCUGCCUUGGUGGUUGUCGAUUCUUUGGUGGCACAGUAACAGGACUAGACUUCUUCAAACUGGAGGAUCUAACACCUUCAAGCAGCUCUGCUUUCUCAAGUACAAGUGCAGAAUCUGAUAUGUUUUAUGGGCAGUCCUUACUGCAGCCAGGAGAAUGGAUAAUUACUAAGGAGAUACCUAAAAUUUUAGAUGGCAAAGCAAAUGGUGUGAAACGAAAAGAUUGGGAUUGUAGAUCUGUGGGUAUAGAAAUAGAAAGAAAGAUGCAACAUCUGAGCCUACAGGUGCCAUUACGUUCCCACAGCUCCUCAUCGUCUUCUGAGGAAACAAGCAGCUCUAGUGCUGCCCUUCCCCUGCUUGCAGGUGAGAAGGAAAGCCCGUCUUCUGCUUCUGAGGAUCACUUGGGACCAAAGGAGUACUUGUCUGGUGCAAAAAGAGAAGAUAGUCAUGGAAGCGCCCUGGGUGAGGGUGCAGAGGGCAGCCCAGCCUCCCCCGGCCCCCAGGACAGGUGCGUUGGCCAGUCCCCGCUGAGGUCCCCGCUCAAGCGCCAAGCGUCCGUGUGCUCCGCUCGCCUGGGCAGCACCAAGAGCCUCACGGCCGCCUUCUACGGAGACAAGCAGCCCGUGCCGGUCGGCGUGCAGUUCAGCAGCGACGUGUCUCGCAGCGAUGAGAACGUCUUGGACUCUCCCAAGCAGAGGAGGAGCUUUGGGUCCUUCCCCUACACUCCCUCUGCAGACUCGAACUCGUUUCACCAGUAUCGCUCCAUGGAUUCCAGUAUGUCAAUGGCUGAUAGCGAAGCUUACUUCUCUGCAGCAGAAGAGUUUGAACCCAUAAGUAGUGAUGAAGGUCCGGGAACUUAUCCAGGAAGGAAGAAGAGAAAAAAGCAAGCUCAGAAAAUUGACUACAGUAGAGGAUCUAUUUACCACAGUACAGAAGGGCCCUUAACAACUACAACCCAUGGAGAGAUUAGCCAAGAUGUUAAAGCUUUGCCAAUUAAGACUCAUCCUUCACAGGCAUCAUUUGUUUCUGCUCUGGGAGGAGAGGAUGAUCCCAUGUAUAUUGUGGAAUCUGAGAAGACUGUAGAAACUGAGCAAAUAACUUCACAGCAGCCUGUAAUGGCAUGUUACCAAAACUACCUUACACAGUUCCAGGUGAUCAACUGGUCAGUAAAGCAUCCAGCUAAUAAAAGAACUUCAAAAUCCUCAUUACAUCGUCCUUUAGACCUUGACACACCAACGAGUGAAGAAAGUUCAUCAUCUUUUGAGCAACUUUCUAUCCCAACUUUUAAGAUUGUUAAACAGGGUCUCACAGCUAAUUCAUUACUGGACAGAGGCAUGCAGCUUACAGGAUCAACGUCCAAUACACCUUACACUCCUUUGGAAAAGAAGUCUGCAGAAAACACAGAUGAUGAAACAAUAACAGAAGAAUGGACCUUGGAUCACCCUGUCUCCCAGACCAGGACAACAGCAAUUGUUGAAGUAAAGGGAGCUGUAGAUGUAGUUCUGACUCCUCUGGUGGCAGAGGCACUAGACAGAUACAUAGAAGCAAUGGUGCAUUGUGCUACUUCCCGACACCCAGCAGCGAUUGUGGAUGAUCUGCAUUGCAAAGUGCUUCGCGACGCUGUACAGAACAGCAAAACCACUUUCUCCGAAAAUUUAUCUUCCAAACAGGAUAUUAGAGGAAUGAAAGUAGACCCUACUACUACAGGAACAACAAACCAGGGACCAGCGCAGACAAGUCUUUCACUAAAGCAAGACAAUGUGACAAUUAAAGGUCUUCAGGCCAAUGUCACUGUACCGAAGGUGAACCUGUGUUUAUUGCAAGCAUCCGUUGAUGAAUCCCCAGGGGUUACAUCUGGCAAAACUGUGACUCAUGUUUCAUUAGUAGCCCUGUGUUUUGAUAGAAUUGCUACACAAGUUCGUAUGAAUAGGGGUAUAGUUGAGGAGACUUCAAACAGUGCAGAAACUGGGAGGAAUUCUGUUACUUUUGAUCGCUACAUCCAAGCCAGUAAAAUGCAGCCUCAGUCUUCUGGGUCACUGAGAUCCAAUGCUGGAGCAGAAAAAGGAAAAGAAAUUGCUGCUAAGUUGAACAUUCAUCGAGUUCAUGGACAACUUAGAGGCCUUGACACAACAGAUAUUGGAACUUGUGCAAUAACAGCUAUUCCUUUUGGGAAAUCAAAAGUUCUUUUCACUUUGGAAGAGCUGGAUGAGUUUUCUUUUGUGGAUGAAACAGAUCCGCAAGCUGUUCCAGAUGUAACUCGGAUCGGUCCUAGUCAAGAGAAGUGGGGCUGGAUAAUGUUUGAGUGUGGGAUUGAAAACUUAACAAUAAAAGGAGGAAGACAAGCUGGAGCAGUGUUGUAUAAUGCAUUUGGAGUCAUGGGAAAAUCAAGUGCUACGGAGAGAGGUGGAUUGCUUGCAUCAAAUAACUCUUCAGAUUCUCCAACUGGUAGUGGUUAUAAUACUGAUGUGUCUGAUGAUAACCUUCCUUGUGAUAGAAUAAGUCCCUCCUCAGAUAUUAAUGGAAAUUCAGUUUCAGAUGAGCAGGAUGAAGGGGUUGAAUCCGAUGAUCUGAAAAAAGAUUUGCCCUUGAUGCCUCCUCCCCCUGACUCUUGCAGCAUGAAGCUAACAAUCAAAGAAAUUUGGUUUAGUUUUGCAGCUCCUACCAAUGUGCGCUCUCCAGCCCAUAUAUUUUCAAGGCAGCUGAACCUCCUGAGUACUGCAACUCCUGCAGUUGGUGCUUGGCUUGUUCCCAUUGAUCAAGUGAAAUCCUCACUGAAUAAACUAGACACUGAAGGAACUCUGCGGAUCUGUGCUGUUAUGGGCUGUAUUAUGACAGAGGCAUUAGAGAAUAAAAGUGUGCACUUUCCUCUGAGAAGCAAGUACAACAGGCUUACCAAGGUGGCUCGUUUCUUGCAAGAAAAUCCUUCCUGUUUGCUGUGUAAUAUAUUGCACCAUUACCUUCAUCAAGCAAAUUACUCUAUUAUUGAGGAUGCCACUAUGAGUGAUGGCCUUCCUGCCUUAGUGACCUUGAAGAAAGGUCUGGUUGCUCUAGCGAGGCAGUGGAUGAAGUUCAUCGUGGUGACCCCGGCCUUCAAAGGAGUCAGCCUGCACAGACCGGCGCAGCCAGCGAAGCUGCCGCCCAGCGCCUGCGCCGGGCACGACCAUUUUGAAGCCACUCAUAAAAAUAUUAUUGUAAUACUGUAAUUAAAAGUGUCACUUACUGGGAGCACUUGUUUGCUUGUUUCAGCUACAGUCAGCGAGCAUACAAUGCUCCUAGAAGGAACAGCCCAUCGCCCUCCACCUGCUGGUGGCUCUUCUGGGCCUGUGACUGGUGCUGAGAUCAUGAGAAAAUUAUCCAAGACUCACACACACAGUGAUUCUGUUCUGAAGAUAAAGGGUAUCCAUCCGUAUCAUUCCUUAAGCUACACUAGUGGGGACACAGCUACGGAUUCCCCGGUGCAUGUCGGCCGGUCUGGAAUGGGAGUCAGAGAAAGUCCAAGGAAAGAGAGUCUGCUCAGCUAUCUCACUGGAAGUUUUCCCAGCUUGCAUAACCUUUUAGAAGGGACUCCUCAGAGAAGUACAACUGCAGUUAAAAGCAGUUCUUUAACAAGAACAGGAAAUACUGUGGCCACAGACAUGUUAUCUGAACAUCCUUUGCUGUCUGAACCAUCAUCUGUGAGUUUCUAUAACUGGAUGUCGAACGCCGUGGGUAACAGGGGGAGUGUAGUGCAGGAGAGCCCAGCCACCAAGUCCGGACACAACAGCCUUCCAACAGGGGUGGCGCCCAACCUUCCUACAAUACCCUCUGCCUCAGACUUCAACACCGUUUUGUCCAGUGACCAGAACACCCUGGAUGGCACCCAUUCGCAGCACAGCACCAGUCAGGAUGACAUUGCAGGUGUAGAGGAGAGUAACCAAGGGUUUCCUGCUGUCCAGUUAGCGGAUGCACAGGUCGUUUUCAAACCUCUUCUAAGUUACACGGGAAUUCAGUCUCAGGAUGCAAUGCCACUCUGCUACAGAAUGUACUUUGGAGAGCACCUUUCUUUCUCAGGAACUUUGGAUUGCCUUAGAGCAGAUAUUGUUGAUUCAGAUACAGCAAAGGAAAGGAAAAGCAAGCGAGCUCGAAGGCAAGGAGCUGUCAAUCUUCCUCCUCUUGAAUUUAAACCAGCUUUGAUGUUGGAAACUUUCAGUAUUAGUGCUGUUGUAAUGGAGAAAUCAAUGUGCACACCUCAGAACUCGACAAGUGCCUUUUCCUUUCAUGACCUGAAUAAACGAUACUACAAUACUUUUCACUGCAACUUUACAAUCUCUUGCCAGUCCAUAAGCCAGCAUGUAGAUAUGGCCCUGGUUCGUCUAAUCCAUCAGUUUAGCACAAUGAUUGAUGAUAUCAAAGCCACACAGACGGACAUUAAACUCAGCAGAUACACGGCUGGGUCAGCCUCUCCAACACCUACUUUUAAAACGCGCAAGCACAGAGACUUCCGCUCUUCUGAUUUUAGCCGAAGCUCUCGAGGAAGCCUUAAUGGAGGCAACAGAGUAAACAAUGCCAAGAACAAGCGAACCAACAACGAGAACAAUAAGAAGGAGUCUCGGAACAAGAAUUCCUUGGGCAGGUCAGAAAGAAGAACUUCCAAAGUAUCCAGGAAAGGUUCCAAAGAUGUAGUUGACCACAUGACUAUUCAUAUGGAUGACUCUGACUCUAUUACUGUGUCAGAACAGAGUGAACCUUCUGCUGAAUGUUGGCAAAAUAUGUAUAAGCUAUUGAACUUCUAUUCCCUUAUUUCUGAUCCAACUGGAAUUUUAGAGAAGUCUUCUGAAACUUUUGGGCCAACAGGUGUCCGAAGCCCAACCGAACCUGCCUGUAGGGUGGUCUUUGAGAAUGAACAAGAUAACGGCAGCUUGAGCAGGACGCAGAGGAAACGCAGUCUGGUGACUUCGGAGCCACAGCAUGUGACUCUAAUAGUCUUUGGAAUAGGCAUGGUCAAUCGUACCCACCUGGAGGCAGAUAUUGGGGGUCUAACCAUGGAGUCAGAACUGAAGAGAAUCCAUGGCAGUUUCACCCUGAAAGAAAAAAUGAAAGAUGUUCUUCAUCAAAAGAUGACUGAGACAUGUGCCACUGCUCACAUAGGAGGUGUCAAUAUUGUCCUGCUGGAGGGAAUUACCCCAAAUAUCCAACUGGAGGAUUUUCCUACAUCUCCUACAAGCACAGCCAAACAAGAGUUUCUAACUGUAGUGAAAUGCAGUAUUGCCAAAUCUCAGGCUCUGUACAGUGCCCAAAGAGGGCUGAAAACAAACAACGCUGCUGUGGUCAAAGUCGGAGCGAUCAGCAUCAAUAUCCCGCAGCACCCUGCCACGUUGCACAGCAUGAUGGUGCGGAGCUCCCAUCAGCUCUCCAAGCAGAUUUCAGAUCUCAUCAGGCAACCAUCAACAGCUACCCAGUCUACAAAAGAAGAUGUUGCAACUCCCUUGCCCUCUGAAAAGACUCCAACAAGUAUUAAUCAAACACCUGUUGAAACAAAUGAAUUUCCACAGCUGCCAGAAGGCUUAGAAAAGAAGCCUAUAGUUUUAAAAUUUAGUGCCAUGAUAGAUGGUAUAGCUAUUGGAGCAGCACUUUUGCCCUCUCUAAAGGCAGAAUAUAAGAUGGGAAGAAUGAGGAGUCACGGAAUGACAGGUGCCCAAACAAGAUUUACUUUUGAACUUCCGAGUCACAGGUUGCGCUUCACUUCUAAAAUCUCUGCAACUGAUAUGUCAACCAUUCCUCCCUCAGCAAGUCUCAACCUUCCUCCUGUCACUAUGUCAGGCAAAUACAUAAUGGAAGAACAUGAUACUUACUCAGACCAAAUAUGGAGCAUAGAUGAACUUCCUGCUAAACAAGGCUAUUACCUACAAGGGAACUACCUACGUUGUGUGGCUGAAGUUGGCUCCUUUGAACAUAAUCUCACAACUGACUUAUUAAAUCAUUUGGUGUUUGUACAAAAAGUGUUCAUGAAGGAAGUAAAUGAAGUCAUACAAAAGGUUUCAGGAGGGGAACAGCCGAUACCUCUUUGGAACGAACAUGAUGGCACAACAGAUGGAGAGAAGCCCAAAAUUCUUCUUUACUCCUUGAGCCUACAGUUUAAGGGAAUUCAAGUAACAGCCACAACUCCCUCAAUGCGGGCUGUGAGAUUUGAAACUGGAUUAAUAGAACUUGAGCUCUCCAACAGACUACAAACCAAAGCAAUGCCAGGAAGCAGCAGCUACCUCAAACUGUUUGGUAAAUGCCAGGUGGAUCUAAAUCUGGCAUUAGGACAGAUUGUUAAGCAUCAGGUUUAUGAAGAAGCUGGUUCAGACUUCCAUCAAGUCGCCUAUUUUAAGACCAGAAUUGGCUUAAGAAAUGCUCUUCGAGAAGAAAUCAGUGGUUCGUCAGAUAGGGAAGCUGUGCUUAUUACUCUGAACAGACCAAUUGUUUUUGCUCAGCCCGUGGCCUUUGAUAGAGCUGUAUUAUUUUGGCUGAAUUACAAAGCUGCUUAUGAUAACUGGAAUGAGCAGAGAAUGGCUUUACAUAAAGAUAUUCAUAUGGCCACCAAAGAAGUAGUAGAUAUGCUGCCAGGAAUCCAGCAAACAUCUGCCCAGGCUUUUGGAACCCUUUUUCUUCAGCUGACGGUCAAUGACUUAGGAAUUUGCCUGCCCAUCACAAACACACCUCAGUCUAACCACACUGCAGAUCUUGACACUGGCUCUGCAUUAGUCCUGACCAUUGAAAGUACAUUAAUCACUGCCUGCUCCUCAGAGUCUUUAGUUAGCAAAGGUCAUUUUAAGAACUUUUGUAUCCGCUUUGCUGAUGGCUUUGAGACAAGUUGGGAUGAUUGGAAACCAGAAAUACGAGGAGAUCUAGUCAUGAAUGCAUGUGUUGUGCCAGAUGGUACAUACGAAGUAUGCUCUAGGACAACGGGGCAAGCUGCAGCAGAAAGUAGUAGUGCUGGAACCUGGACACUCAAUGUGUUAUGGAAGAUGUGUGGUAUUGAUGUCCACAUGGAUCCAAACAUUGGAAAGAGGCUAAAUGCUUUAGGCAACACUCUAACAACAUUGACAGGAGAAGAAGAUAUUGAUGAUAUUGCUGACCUUAACUCUGUAAACAUAGCUGACCUGUCGGAUGAGGACGAAGUUGACACUAUGUCUCCCACUAUACAUGCAGAGAUUGUUGAUCACCGACGGCAGGGAGCCUCUAGUAUCCAAACUGGAGAGCAGCGAGGAAGAAAAUUUGUGAAGCGUCUAGUUGAUAUUAGAGAACUCAAUGAGCAAGCUAAAGUAAUUGAUGAUUUAAAAAAAUUAGGUGCAAGUGAAGGAACUAUAAAUCAAGAAAUUCAGCGGUAUCAGCAGUUGGAGUCAGUGGCUGUGAAUGACAUCCGCCGAGAUGUUCGCAAGAAGCUUCGGCGAUCCAGCAUGAGGGCUGCUUCAUUGAAAGACAAAUGGGGUCUUGGAUACAAACCCAGCUAUAGCCGCUCUAAGAGCAUUUCAGCAUCAGGGAGACCACCUCUGAAGAGAAUGGACAGGGCAAGCUCUCGGCUUGGAGACAGUGAAGAUCUCCCAGAUAUCCGUGUAGAUGCAGCAUCUCCUGGGCCAAGAGUCACCUUUAACAUACAGGAUUCUUUUCCAGAGGAGACCGAAAUGGACCUUCUGUCUGUAACUAUUGAUGGUCCCUCCCAUUACUCAUCUGCUAGUGAAGGCUCGUGCUCGGUAUUCGGUUCAUCCAAAACGCCUGUAGCCUUCUCACCUGGCAUUCCCUUCCAGCCUGAGGAAGGCCGUCGGGAUGACAGCUUAUCGUCAAGCAGCGAAGACUCCGACAAGGAGGAUGACCAUGAAAGGGAGAGGACUUAUUUUUAUAGGAAACCCCCGAACACCUCUCGCAAGAAAGCAACAGGCUUCGCUGCAGUGCACCAGCUGUUCACUGAGCGCUGGCCAACAACACCUGCCAACAGAAGCGUGACGGGCACUACCACCGAGAGAAAUAUUGACUUUGAACUGGAUAUCAGGGUUGAAAUUGACUGUGGAAAGUGUGUAUUGCAUCCUACAACCCUUCAGCAGCAACAUGAUGACAUUAGCUUGCGAAGGAGUUAUGAUCGGAGUUCCAGAAGCUUAGACCAGGAAUCUCCUUCAAAAAAGAAGAAAUUUCAAAGCAAUUAUGCCUCUACUACUCACUUACUUGCUGGCAAGAAAGUGCCAUCAUCUUUACAGACAAAAUCCAGUGAUGUGGAAACAACAGUGUUUUAUAUUCCUGGGGUGGAUGUAAAGUUACACUACAACUCUAAGACUUUGAGGACUGAAUCGCCAAACACUUCUCGAGGAUCCUCUUUGCCAAGAACACUUUCCAAAGAGUCCAAGCUGUAUGGUAUGAAAGAUACUGCCACAUCUUCUCCUUUACCUAGCACUAUCCACAGCAAGACUAACACCUUGCUUCCUCCCCAACCCCCACCCAUCCCAUCAGCCAAAGGGAAAGGAAGCGGUGGGGUGAAAACUGCUAAGCUUUAUGCAUGGGUUGCACUCCAGUCGCUACCAGAGGAAAUGGUGAUUAGUCCCUGCUUGUUGGACUUCCUAGAGAAAGCUCUUGAAACCAUUCCAAUUACGCCAAUUGAAAGGAAUUAUGCAGCUGUUAGUUCACAGGAUGAAGACAUGGGGCAAUUUGAUAUGCAAGAUCCAUUAGAAGAGUCCACAACGUCAUUAGUCUCAUCAUCGACAUCAGCGUAUUCAUCCUUCCCUGUAGAUGUGGUAGUUUAUGUACGGGUUCAGCCCUCCCAAAUCAAGUUCAGCUGCUUGCCAGUAUCAAGAGUUGAAUGUAUGCUGAAGUUGCCCUCUCUGGAUCUUGUGUUUUCUUCAAACCGAGGAGAACUGGAAACAUUAGGCACAAUGUACACAGCAGAAAAUGUGCUAGUUGGUGGCACUGCUUCACAGAGUGGUUCAAAGAAUUCAGUUAGUAAGUCUGGAGCACCAGGUUCAUCACCUGGACUAGGCAGUCCUCUUGGGAGAACGCGACACAGCAGUAGUCAGUCAGACCUGACCACCUCUAGUAGCAGUUCUUCAGGCCUGAGCUUUACUGCCUGCAUGUCAGAUUUCUCCCUUUAUGUGUUUCACCCAUACGGAGCAGGAAAACAAAAAUCUGCUGUUACUGUUCUAACUCCUGGAUCAGGAACCUUAGGUAACGUGGACGAAGAACCUACUUCGGUCACGGGCCGGAAGGAUUCUUUGAGCAUUAACCUUGAGUUUGUGAAAGUCAGCCUGUCGAGAAUAAGGCGUUCAGGAGGUUCCUCCUUUUUUGAGAGUCAGUCUUCAAGCAAAGCUGCAAGCAAGAUAGAUACGACACUGAUAAACAUAUCUGCCGUCUGUGAUAUAGGAUCUGCUUCUUUUAAAUAUGACAUGCGGCGACUCAGUGAGAUUCUGGCUUUCCCAAGAGCUUGGUACAGGAGAAGCAUUGCUAGGCGGCUCUUCCUAGGUGAUCAAACGAUAAAUCUGCCAGCAUCAGGUCCUGGGACACCAGAUUCCAUUGAAGGGGUGAACCAGCACCUUUCUCCAGAAUCAUCACGGAAAGCGUACUGUAGGACAUGGGAGCAACCCUGCCAGUCUGCCUCAUUUACACACAUGGCACAGUCACCUAAUGUCUUUAAUGAGCAUAAUGCAAACAGCAGUAUGUCACCGGGGACAGCAUCCCAUAGCUUAAAAUCUCCAGCUGUUACAAGAUCCAGGAGUGUGUCUGACUCUUCAGUGCCUCAGAGAGAUCCUCUCUCAAAAACAUCAACUCCAUUUAACAAGUCAAAUAAAGCUGGAAGCCAGCAAGGAACACCGUGGGAAACACUCGUCGUAUUUGCCAUGAACCUGAAGCAAUUAAAUGUUCAAAUGAAUAUGAGCAAUGUAAUGGGCAAUACUACGUGGACUACCAGUGGUUUGAAAAGCCAAGGCCGCUUGUCUGUGGGUAGUAGUAGAGAUCGGGAAAUUAGUAUGUCUGUUGGUUUGGGAAGAUCCCAGCUGGACUCCAGAGGGGGAGUUGUUGGAGGUACCAUAGAUGUUAACACCUUGGAAAUGGUGGCUCAUAUUUCUGAACACCCAAACCAACAGCCCAAUCAUAAAAUUCAAAUUACUAUGGGUUCUACUGAAGCACGUGUUGACUACAUGGGGUCCAGUAUCCUAAUGGGCAUCUUCAGUAAUGCUGAUCUUAAACUACAGGAUGAAUGGAAAAUUAAUCUGUAUAAUGCUUUGGAUUCAAGCAUUUCUGAUAAAAGUGAGAUAUUUGUCCAUGGGGACUUGAAAUGGGAUAUCUUCCAAGUGAUGAUUUCAAGAUCAACUACACCAGACCUGAUAAAAAUAGGAAUGAAACUCCAGGAGUUCUUUACUCAGCAGUUUGAUACAAGCAAACGAGCUUUGUCUACCUGGGGACCUGUUCCUUACCUUCCACCAAAGACAAUGGCCAACAACUUAGAGAGAAGCUCACAUGAGCAGUUGUUGGAUGCAGCCCAUCAUCGCCACUGGCCAGGAGUUUUGAAGGUGGUCUCUGGGUGCCAUAUAUCGUUAUUUCAAAAGCCACUGCCAGAAGAUGGAAUGCAAUUUGGAGGAUCGAUGAGCUUGCAUGGAAACCAUAUGACACUGGCUUGUUUUCAUGGACCUAAUUUCCGUUCAAAAUCUUGGGCCUUAUUUCACCUUGAAGAACCCAACAUUGCAUUUUGGACAGAAGCACAGAAAUUUUGGGAAGAUGGUUCCAGUGACCAUUCUACAUACAUAGUGCAAACCCUGGACUUUCAUUUGGGCCACAACACGAUGGUCACCAAACCGUGCGGAGCCCUGGAAAGCCCCAUGGCAACGAUCACAAAGAUAACCAGGCGCCGGCAUGAAAACCCCCCACACGGCGUUGCCAGCGUGAAAGAGUGGUUCAAUUAUGUGACAGCAACAAGGAACGAAGAAUUAAACCUGCUUCGAAACGUUGAUGCUAAUAACCCAGAGAGCAGCACAACGGUGAAAAGCUCGAGCUUAUUAAGUGGCUUCAGAGGAGGUUCCAGUUACAACCAUGAAACUGAAACCAUCUUUGCACUGCCAAGGAUGCAGCUGGAUUUUAAGUCGAUUCAUGUUCAAGAGCCACAGGAGCCUUCAUUACAAGAUACAGCUGUUAAACCAAAGGUGGAGUGCAGUGUAGUAACUGAAUUCACAGACCACAUUUGUGUGACCAUGGAUGCAGAACUGAUCAUGUUUUUGCAUGACUUGGUAUCUGCUUAUCUAAAAGAAAAAGAAAAAGCUAUUUUUCCCCCUCGCAUUCUGGCUGCUCGUCCAGGACAGAAAAACUCUGUUGGCGUUCUUGAUGACAGCUCCACCGACGGAGAAGCAGAGGAAAGCAUUACUUACACUACAGUCGACUGGAGAGAGUUCAUGUGCAAUACUUGGCAUUUAGAGCCCACACUCAGAUUAAUCUCCUGGACUGGGAGAAAAAUCGAUCCAGUUGGCGUCGACUACAUCCUGCAGAAGCUGGGCUUUCACCAUGCCCGGACUACUAUUCCCAAGUGGCUGCAGCGUGGGGUAAUGGACCCCUUGGACAAAGUUCUGUCAGUUCUUAUAAAGAAACUUGGUACUGCACUACAGGAUGAAAAGGAAAAGAAAGGAAAAGACAAGGAGGAAUACUAGAAGUACACUGCAAUGACCACAAUUCCGUUUGAUUCUAUUGAAGUGUUUUGUUAUAUAUUAAGAGUUUAAAUAUGGUUUAAAGAGAAACCUAACAGCUUUUUGCUACUCUAUUUAAAACUUACAUUGUGAGUAACUGUUUACUGUGGUACAUGCUACCAUUCUGUAUUUGAAGUAUUGCAUGAUUAUGACCAAUGUACAUUCUGUGAAGGGAUAGCUGGAACACUGUAAAUCUGCUCCUCAGCACUGUUUUAUUAUGUGCAAUAUGAUUCCUGCAUCUUUAAAAGUACUUGCAGAUUAACUGUGAAUUUUCAUAACUUUAUUUGCCAUAACACAAACCCCUCGUUGAUAAUGUGAUAGGUAAUUGCUUUGUCAAUGUAGACUUGUGUAAAUUAUAUGUAUAUAACUUAUGAAACUGUGAUUGCCUUAGUGCUAAAAAAGAAAUUAAGUUUAUUAUUACACUUGUAAUAAAAUUUAACGAUUGUACACG